CGGACUUGUAAAUCUGAUAAUAUCAGCAAGGUUGUUACAACUGUUAACAAGUUGUUACAAACUUGUUGACAACUUGGGACAAGAAGUGCGAACAGAACUUGUUGACAGACUUGCUAUAAGAAAGGCAUGAUCUUUUACUAGACAUCUGGGGAGAACAUUUUUGAACUGAUACAUCAAUAGUGAUAUAGUCCCUUCUGUGUAACAAAGUCAAAUGUUAUUUUAUCAGAUUCGUCGAGCAUUUAGAAACAUCAGAAGAACAAUAGUUGGUGUUGUGAACGUGCUGGUUUUGCUUCUUUUUGCCAUUGGGUUGUUUGCCUUGCUCGCCACAAAACUCUUUGAAAAUAGGUGAAGUUUAAUCAAACAUUAGUGUGUAUCCUUAUCUGAAAGCGCCAUCCAGUCAUAACACAGUGAUCAGAUUGUUCCAUUGUCUUGUUUUGUAAAUCCCACUGUUCUCCACACUAUGCAGUCAUUCAUUGUUCUGACUGCAACGUUAUGCAAAGGGUCUAUUGCUUGUAGUGAUGAGCACAAUAUAUUGUAUAGGGAUCAUAUUGCGACGUGCAUGUAUUUCUUAAUUUUUCAUAAUUGUUAAUAAUUGUUCUUAAUUACACUUUUUAAUGAUUCUCAAUUGUUUUAGAAAUCUUAAAGAUAUUGAUGGCAAUCCUUACUUCCACAACUUUCUCGAGUCUUACUACCAACUUUAUAUUUUUACCACAACAGCAAACAGCCCUGACGUAGGGUAAGCUAUACUUUCUUAUAUCUCCUGGACAACAACAGACUGGUAAACACGAUUGUUUAUUUAAAUCUCAAUUACUAUAUUAUUUUUGCUUAUGGUACUUAGGAUUCCUGCAUAUGACAGCAACAACUGGUUCGCGUUAUUUUUCCUCGUUUUUCUGGUCAUAUGUAUGUAUAUAUUUCUCAGUAUUUUAUUGGCUGUUGUCUAUGCUAACUACAGAAAACAUUUAAAGGUAAAACGAUCAUAAAUUUCAUUAUCUAUUUCUAAUGACUCUACGUUAGUGAUGCCUUAUUUGCACCGCUUCAAUACUGGGUUUUAUUGGGGGGUUUUCGUUGUAGUUUUCUCAACUCUCAUGUCCAGUCAAACGAGACGAAGAGUUGUAUGAGAGUUGAUUGGAGUUAUCGGUAAAACGAACAAAACUCUCAUCGACUCUCAUCAAAAUUUGAACCAGCUCAAAGUUGAUGAUGACCUCUAAGGAAUUUUGUUAGUUGUCAGUAAAAAAUGAACCCGUCAGAGACGCAUGUAUAUUUUCAUCCAGUGAACCCGUUAGAGACACGCUUAUAUUUUCAUUUUCACCCUCCCAACAGAAUGAAGUUCGUAAGUCAGUCUACCGCAAGAGACGACAAUUGAAAUUAGCGUUUGAUUUAAUCUGUGAAAAGUUGAACAAUGAAUGGGUGUUGCGAUUUGAAAGAUGGAAAUCUCUUCUUCAAGUGGUUUGCCCAAGUUACAGUCCAGGAAAAGUCAGCUUGUUAUGGCAUGUUUUGGAUCGAGAGAACAACGAUUAUAUAAGUAAACUCCUGUUUAAUUACAAAUUUUGUGAUUCAAUGAUUGAAUAUGCCCAUGUUCCACAAAUUCUUCUUCUUUGGAACAGUUUCUUCUACGGAAUUGGCCUGAAAAGGAGCAUUCGUCACCAUUGAUUUCUGUUCUUAAUAUUCUUACGUGUCAUCUUUCUGAGUUUCAUUACCUCACGUUCAUCCUAUAUCUUCCCACCUUUUCUGUAGCCUUUUUUGUUUCCCUGGAAUUAGCAUGUUAUUGUUAUUUCUCUCUUCUGUAUAUCGUAAACAGGAAUCGGGUAACUUCUCUUCAAUACAGUAUCUAUGUCAUCUCUCUCUCACAAGCCCUAGUCAUUCCUUUCGUCCCAAGGGAAAUGAAAGUGUUUUCCAUAGUAUUAUAUACAAAGUUUCUCAAUCAUCUUUCGACAAAUAUUUUGCAGAAGUUAAAGAUUUCACUAAAGUGUCAGAACUGCUCAACACUCGAGUGAUAGAAGUCAAAGAAGAGGUUCAUCUGUUUGAAAAGAUCUGUCCUACGAUUUAUUUUUCCUGGUUAAGUGUGAAGAUUAGACGAAUGGUUUGCCACAGGUACAUGGGAGGAACAAUAGGGUAGAAGGAAUGUUAGAAAGGAAUGAAUUAAGGAUUGAAACCAUGCACAACCUACAAACCACUUUUGCCGCAACAAUUUGAAAAUUUCCGUGUUUCUCAAAUGUGUUCUCAUCAAAAUCUAGUAUCAGUACGCCGACUACCGGAUUAAAAUGGAGGUUGUCUUUCACUAUCUGGAGAUUGUCCGUGAGAAGAAUAAUGUAGAAAAUUUUCCAUUCUUUGUUUUUAGAUAUUUUCUCUACUUUUUUGACGUGGUUAUAUUUGUGAACGCUGUUUUCAUCGCACUAUCCCUGGAGAUGGCGGAGGCCGCAUUUCUCUUGCUUUUCAACAUUGAGCUCUUUUUAAAAUUCUACACAUAUGGCUGCAGAGAGUUCUUCGUGAACUUCUGGAACACGUAAGUCCAUGUAUAUACGUCCUUUUUGUUUCACUAAAUAUUGCCAUGUUGAUGGCAGAAUGGUUAGUGCAAACAUAACGUGCCUCUAAAGCCUUGGACGAACUAGGAAACAUUGUUGCGAAAACAUUGUUUCCUGCCAAUGUUUCGCCAUGUUUCCCACGGUAGGCAAACACUAGGAAACAAUGUUUCCGCAACAAAAAUCGCACUUGGGAAACAUGAAAUGUUUCUGAAUUUGAUAGGAAACAUUUCUGCUUCUCGGGAAGCAAAUUGUGUUUCUGCAACGAUGUUUCCACGGGUGGGCAAACACAGAAACGCUUGAGGAAACAUGGCGAAUCACAAUGUUUCCGCAACAAUGUUUCUUAGUUUGACCAAGGCUUAAGGCUCCAACCUCUGGCUCGACACAGAUUUUCUAUUACCUCCCACAUCAACAACGCUGGAUCAAUACUGUAAGAUCUCAAAGAUAUAGAUUAGAAAUUACGGGAACCACUGAGUAUUUUAAAAAAAAUACAAAACAACAACAACUCUGAAAAGGAACAUUUUUAAUUAAUAUAGUUCUAGCUUUCGACUAUGACGACUAAAACAUAGUCGAAAGUUAAAACUAUAUUAAAAAUGUUCCUUCUCGGAGUUAUCGUUGUUUUGUAUUUUGAUGUAGAUUAGCUAAAGGUAAUUUCGUUCAGUUGUCUUGCAUGAUCGUUGUUUCUUAAUUAUUCAUCUAUUAUAGAUUUGAUUUUUUUAUCAUCGGAGGUGCAACCAUAGCGUUUAUUGUCGAGUUGUCUACUGAUUCAGGUAUACGCAUUGAUCUAAUAGGGGUAUACGUCAUAAAAAGCAGCAUAAAUGAAUUCAAUGUAUGUCUGCAAUCAGUCUAAUCAUCGAAUGGAAAUGUGACAUAACAAAUAAUGAUCUAUUGUGUAGACGUCGUUUUAUAGAUAGUGACAUGAGAGUGAUGAGACUCUUUUUCUCUUCAGUGACAGCAAGUCAAGCUGCAGUGGACUUUCUCAUGAUUCUUCGAGUCUUACGAAUGAUUAAAGUUAUGGGGUCAAUUGAAAGGUAAUGAACAUUUUAAAUGCUUGCAAUGGUGAGAACACUCCUAGACCUAAUUCUUGAUGGACAAUGGAUAAAGAAUAAAGAUCAAUUAACUAAAUUUAGUUUGGUUUAUUGAGCUUCUCACUCAUUGAUGAGCGAAUUUCCCAACACAGGCUGUUGCUCAAUAGAUAGGGGGUCCGAGGUACCUACGAUUUUUAAGGUAGCUUUUUCCCCACAGUUUUAUAUUAAGACCUUGAGCAGAAGUCCAACCGAGAACUGAACCCGAGUCCGAAAGUCUUGAAAGGCAAGCGUGAAAAGCAAGACUAUCUGCAUUAUUUCUUGGAAAGAAAUUAAAUAGAAACUCUUCCAACAGCACAGAGAAAAGCAUUGAUAAGAUCAGACAAUUUGGAAUUGUUAGACAAGAAAAAAUCGACAAUAUUAUUUUUCAAAUUUGUAGGUUCAAAGUUGUGGUGAACACGGUUAUGCAGAUAGGGCCAUCCAUUGCCAUAUAUGGAGGAAUUGUGUUUGUAAGAGAUCCAGAUGAUUUUAAAAACAUUGUUUGUUUCUUUCUUUUUCUGUCUUCAAUCAACUUCAACUUUCUUUUAGAUCUUGUUUUAUAUGUAUGCAAUACUGGGCAUGGAAUUAUUCCAAGGCAGAAUCAGAAUGCUUGGCUAUCCAAAUGCCACCACGAAUACGACUGAGUUAUUCUGUGGAGAUGUGAAGUUAAAGAAUUCUGAAUUUUAUAACGAACAUUAUUGUGGAGAUAAUUUUAACAAUAUUUUGAAAUCUCUAAAAAUUUUAUUCGACUUGAUGGUUGUCAAUCAAUGGCACAGUAUCCUUUGAUUUCUAUCAGUUUUAAGUUGUUUUUCCUUGAGGUCCAGUAAUGACAUCCUUGAGGUCCCCAAUUGGUCCGAUGUUAUUUAACUCACAAGUGAUUGAGGCAAAAUUAUAAUCAGACAAGUGCAUAUUGUAAGAAUCAAACCCCAGUCACAGAGAUGGAGGGCAGAUGCACUGACUAUUGUGCCAUCAAAUUUUAUCUCAACCCCGAGCAGUUUUUGUGAGGUUUGUUUUGAUUCCUUAAUCAACAUUGUACAGUUUUAACUCAAGGUUUUGUGUUGGUGACUAGCAAGGCUGCUAGACUAUACUUUGUCUCGUUUCAUCUCACUUGCGUUAUACUUGUUUUAAAGUACGUGACUGUAUAAUUCAUUUUGAUCGAACAAUCGCUCGCUAAUCGUCCUGUCAAUAUUUUUUCUCCUGUAAUAUUAUAAUACAUUAUUUUUGCAGCAUAUUUGUGGCGUUUAUCAUCGAAGCCUUCAUGCUCCAGUACACAUUUUCUCAAGGAAAAUUUGAAUCUGAACUUGAGAAAGUUAUUCAAGAAAAAGGAGUUGGCAUUGGAAUGUAAGUAAAAAUUCUUCCUUUUCUCUAUUUAUCUUUGUUUUGCGUUGUUUUCGAUUUACUUAUUUCAUUCCACUUCCCUUUAAUUCACUUUCACAAUACUUUUGCUUUUGUAUUGCCUUGUUUUCUUACUCUAAGUCUACUUUACUUCACUUAAAUGUUUUCUUCAUAUUAAUCACUAAUACGGUCAGAUGUUGACGCCAUGUCAUACACUCUAUUUUUAGGGAUCCUCUUGACUUCCUCCUCUUGACUUCCUCCUGAGUACCCUUAUGCCUUUCACACAAUAUCUCUUCGAUAUUCGAAAUAAAAUGAAUUAAUUAUCCACGUAUUAUUGCAAGAAUUAAUUAUCCAUGCAUUUAUCAAAGCAUUAUCGCGAUUGUCGCAUUUUUCGUUUGAUACUUCAAUUGGACGUCACUUUGUCAGUUUCUUGACAUGUGUUUCUUGUUUUUCUAUUGAUUUGGUUAAACAUUUCAACGUGAAUGAAAAAUUUAUUUUAUUAAAGAAUUCUUCGGAUCGGAUCGGAUUGGAAUACUUUAUUACAACUCGGAUCGGAUCGGAUUCGGAUUAGACAAUUUCGGAUCGGAUCGGAUUUUAAACAUUAGCCAAUUGUCGGAUUAUAAACGCCCAAUCCGAUCCGAUGCACACCUCUAUCGUCCUUCUUUUGGUGUAUUUUUCCUCACUUGACUGAAUCUUCAUCUACAUUCUAUUCUGGGCAUCCUCUUCUCUUAGAUUUCGUAUCUUCCCACAAUAUCUCUCCAUCUCAUCUCCUUUAUCUCCCAAGUCCUUCUUUUAGGUGUCUCUUUACUAACUUGACUGGACCUUCCUCUACACUCUAUAUUGGGCAUCUUCUUCCUCUAGUUUUGUUACCAUCACAACCACCGCCAUCAUCUUUGUUUUGAUUCGGAUUGAAGCCCGAAACAAGAAUGAAUGCGUGUUUACCAUUACGAAACGAUCAAGUUCUGUUUCAUCGUUACCAUCCCUCAUCACAAUCACCGUUGUACCAUCACCAUUACCACCAAACCAUCAUGACCAUCUUCUAAAUCAUCACCCUCCGGUCUCGUUUGGUAAUUUUCUCCAUCUCAUCCUCUGUUUCCAACGGUUCGUUGCCCUCAAUUUUGUGUCAUCAUGCUAACCUGACUGGAUCUUCUUUUUCUCUUCAAUUACGAACCAUCGCAUUCUCGCUUCUCUAAACCGCAUUUCUACUUCAGGACACCAAUCACAGAACGAAGUCGUACAGGAACGACUCUAAGUGUAGACCUAGAAACAGCCAAUGGAGACCUUCAGCGAACGCCAAGCCAGAUCAGAGUGCAAGAAUACGCCAUGAACCAGGAGAAACGAUAUCGUUUGAUGGAAAAUCAGAUAAAGACUGCAGAAAAUUUACUUCAACAAAUGUUUGAGGACGAGAUUGGAUCUGAAGACAUGGGCCCUCAAACCUUGAAUGAAAUUGAAGAACUUGAACCAGUGGAAGUGGACUGGGAGAAAAUGACUUUUGAUACCAUUGGAUAAAACCCGAGACAUCAGAAAAUGUCAAUACAGCAGAUGUGGUCAACUUCAGAAGACUAAACAUCUAGAUUCUAUUUAUUUGGUUCAAAGUAUCAGACUACUAUAUAUAAUGAAAAUAAUUAAGGCUUACACUUCAGUAAAACCCCGCAUAAAAGAACCAGUGGGUUAAGAACUACCAGCCUGAAAUUUGGGCAAUAGCCCUUUCCCCUUUUAAGUGAAAUUUUGAUCUAGACUAGCCUGGACAAAAAUUUCAUCACAGCUUGAAAGAGCAUCACAAAAUUAGUAAUAUUCCAAAGUUUUGUUGCGAAAUGUUGUAAAAUGCGGAUAAUAUAGCCGUGCUAAGUUUGCCAUUUUUCAGUCAGUUUGCAUUACAAAUGGGAAAUUGAUAAUCAGUUAGAUCAUCUGAUUAUCAAUUUCCCGUUUGUAAUCUAAAAUGACUGAAAAACGGCAAACUUCGCAAGGCUAUAUUAUCCGCAUUUUACAACAUUUUGCAACGAAACUUCGG